UACAAGAUAGAGAGCUCUCUAUCCACCACCAUGAGAGCUCAAGGUGGCGGCCGUCUCUGGCCACAUUUGCUUCUCUCUAUGGCUUUAGCGACGCUUUUAAAUACUUCGGUUUCUGCCGACCCUUACGUCUACGCUUCUCCACCUCCCCCUUACGAGUAUAAGUCGCCUCCCCCACCAUCCCCAUCUCCACCAUCACCUUAUUAUUAUAAAUCCCCUCCUCCACCUUCUCCAUCGCCACUUCCUCCAUAUUAUUACAAAUCUCCACCACCUCCUUCCCCAUCUCCUCCUCGACCCUACUCCUACAACUCUCCACCACCGCCGUCUCCUUCACCUCCUCCACCUUACUACUACAAAUCACCUCCUCCACCUUCUCCAUCACCACCUCCUCCAUACUAUUACAAAUCUCCACCGCCUCCUUCCCCGUCUCCUCCUCCACCUUACUACUACAAGUCUCCUCCACCGCCUUCACCUUCCCCUCCUCCACCUUACUACUACAAGUCUCCUCCACCGCCUUCACCUUCCCCUCCUCCACCUUACUACUACAACUCUCCACCACCGCCGUCUCCUUCACCUCCUCCACCUUACUACUACAAAUCACCUCCUCCACCUUCUCCAUCACCACCUCCUCCAUACUAUUACAAAUCUCCACCGCCUCCUUCCCCGUCUCCUCCUCCACCUUACUACUACAAGUCUCCUCCACCGCCUUCACCUUCCCUUCCUCCACCUUACUACUACAAGUCUCCUCCACCGCCUUCACCUUCCCCUCCUCCACCUUACUACUACAAAUCUCCACCUCCUCCUUCCCCGUCUCCACCUCCACCAUACUAUUAUAAAUCUCACCGUCCUUUGGUCGUAAAAGUUGUUGGAAAAGUUUACUCUUAUAAAUGCUAUGAUUGGACAUACCCAAAAAAAUCUCAUGACAAGAAACAUCUCAAAGGUGCUAAAGUAGAAGUGACAUGUACAGUUGGUAAAAAAGAAAUUUUGGCCUAUGGUUCAACUAAGAUAAAUGGCAAGUUUGCAGUCACGCUUGAUGGCUUUGAUUACAAGAAAUAUGGAGUUGAGGCAUGCAAAGCCAAGCUCCAUGCACCACCUAAAGGUUCGACAUGUAAUGUCCCGACAAACCUCCAUUGGGGAAUUAAGGGUGCCAAGUUAAAGGUGAAGUCCAAGACUGAAUAUGAAGUUGUUCUCUCUGCCGAGCCUUUUGCCUAUGCCCCAAAGACUCCUUCGAAAGAGUGUGAGAAGCCUAAGCCAAAGCCUACUCCUUCACCAUAUUAUUACAAAUCGCCUCCUCCCCCUCCCCCAGUCUACUACUAUAAAUCACCACCACCUCCUCCAUCUUAUGCAUUUAAAUCACCUCCACCAUACUACUAUAAAUCUCCUCCACCACCAUCACCAAAUCCUCCACCCCCUUACUAUUACAAAUCUUCUCCUCCACCAUCUCCAUCUCCUCCACCACCACCGUACUAUUACAAGUCUCCUCCACCACCAUCACCAUCUCCACCACCACCUUAUUACUAUAAAUCACCUCCACCACCUUUACUGUCACCUCCACCACCUUACUUUUACAAAUCUCCUCCACCACCAUUUUCAUCUCCACCCCCACCAUACUACUAUAAAUCACCUCCGCCACUAUCCCCAUCUCCUCCGCCACCAUACUACUACAAGUCUCCACCACCACCAUCACCAUCUCCUCCUCCACCUUACUAUUACAAGUCACCUCCUCCACCUUCUCCGUCUCCUCCCCCACCUUACUAUUACAAGUCACCUCCUCCCCCAUCCCCGUCUCCUCCACCACCGUACUACUACAAAUCUCCACCACCUCCAUCCCCAUCUCCUCCACCUCCUUACUAUUACAAGUCUCCACCACCACCAUCCCCAUCUCCUCCACCUCCUUACUACUACAAGUCUCCACCACCACCAUCACCAUCUCCUCCACCUCCUUACUACUACAAGUCUCCACCCCCUCUAUCACCAUCACCACCUCCCUCAUAUUACUAUUCCUCUCCACCACCACCACCAAUUCAUUACUAAAUAUA